UCAUUCAAAUUAACGACCUUUUUUUAUGAUUUUGUUCUCUAUGCGGUUUUAACGGAGACCAACUCGCAGAUGAAAAGACUCAGUUUCGUUGUGAACCAGCAUCAGUAUGUCUCUAGAAUGUUUUACUUAGCAAACUGUAAUAUCUAUCAGCGAUCGAUUAUCACUGUAACACGUAAGAUAGUAUCAMUCCUAAGGGGCAUUCUUCCCAUUCGUCCAUGUACUGCCAUCUUGCCUGAGGUCACUCAUUCACUAAGCCCUAAAAUUCAUUUUUAAAUCGUUUUUGGCAGUUAAAUAAUGUAUGAGAAAUCCAACAGAGAAAGUUAUUAGACAAACCUUGUAUCGCAAUCGCCCACGGCAUACUCUGUAUACUGAGUACAUGUUGAAUAAUGAUUAUAAAAGAUCUUUGAAUAUUUACAAAACAUACCAAUUCGGCACCAAACUAUUUCUUACAAUAUAUUUCGUCUGUCUAAACACAAACUGGUCCCAAUACGUGGGGGAAAGAUUGUCAGAACAGCCUGUUUUAAUGUUAUASCCGUCAAUUAUUUCAAAAUGUCGUAAUGGCUGUAUUUAAACUGUCAAGUUUUCUAAAGAACUAAAAAAUAUCUGUGUUUAGUGGGUGGACGAACCAUCAUUGGUCAUCAGACAAAUCUCCACUAUCGACGCCAKUCUUAUCUUAAGGGACGUGGGUGUGGGACUGACAUGGCGAACAAAAUCUUGCAGUAAAUUACUUACAUAGCAUCCCAUCCCGACAAUCCACAGUCCGCAUAUAUAGUUCACGACAAUUCUGUUUGCUGCUCAUUCUGAUAAUACAACAUGCAUCUUGCUWGUUYCGUUCUUGUAGCCAUGGCAGUCUGUAGGUUUACGUUUGGGAUACCUACCAAGCAACACGCUUAUAAAGAUAYUUCAUUGAGGAGUAAGCUCGUUCAGAACUCUUUCUUGCAUCGAGACACUCAUGAUAAUGGCAGGUAUGGAUUACGGGAUCUUCUCAUACAAGAGGGUAGGAAUAGGCGUGUUAGGUAUCUCCCUGUCUACAGCCAGAGAAGUCAUAAAGAAGAAAAAGAAACCGCAAAGGACUUAGUAAGGCAACCAGUGGAAAGUAUUUUUCCUUCUUCCACCAAAAGACAAACAUGGAAUGAGUCCAGAAAUCGAAGAGUUAAACGUAUUGUCUUCCUUCCAGACGACAGAAUAAGAAUUAAUACCUCAAGCAAGUCUCAAACGUUUCCUUUCUCGGCGACGGUCAAGGUGUCAACGGGUUGUACUGGUAGCCUGAUAUCUAAGUACCACGUUCUAACGGCUGCUCACUGCAUCCACAAUGGGACUAGUUUUAUUACAUCAUCACUACGUGUUGGACUCUUGAARCGAAAUGGAAAGCAUCGUUGGUUCGGGGUACUAUCGUACAAUAUUCCACAGCAAUGGUUCUUUAAUCAAGACACGCGUUAUGACUAUGGUGUUCUUAAACUACAGAAACCUGUUAAAAGGAAAUUCUUCAGCAUUGGUGUGGCCMGUGGUACUUCAGUAAAUAUUCACUUCACGAGUUUUCCUGGUGAUAAAAGGUCUAAUUCCAUGUGGUAUUCGUCAUGUCAAGCAAUGAUCUUACCAUAUAGCAUCCUUUCACGAUGUGACGCGUCUAAAGGAAGCUCAGGAGCAGGACUAUAUGUCAGUGAUUCCAACCACAAUCGAGUUAUAAUAGGUGUAUUGUCUGGGUCUGUAGCCGUGAGAGAUAAGACUCAUGGAAAACUGAAAUAUUUCAACGCAGGAUUUAGAAUCACCAGACAGAGUGCUAAAACUAUCUGCAGAUGGGCUGGUUCUCCUUUUGGUUGUCUUGCCAUAUCUUAGCAUUCAGAUAAUACUAAUUGUACAGCCYAGCUAACUAAUAGUAUUGAUAAGCUAUGAUAAUUAAUAUCCAAUUGUUUGRUGUCAUACAAAUAUUUAUGAUGUAAUUAUUUUAACAUGAUUUAGUU